AUGUUAUAUUUGAAAUUACUUCUGUUGGCAACAUUUUCCACGGAACGGCUGAUAGUACCUGGGAGACUAUCAGGAUUCGUUGACGCAGCUGCAUGUAAAGGAUGUGUACCGCCCUGUAUCUGUCCUGGACGAAAGGGGGAGCGGGGUGUACCAGGUUUUCAAGGUGAAAGAGGUCAUCCUGGAGCACCUGGUCAGGAUGGCGGUGAAGGACAGGCUGGUGCAGCAGGGAUGCAAGGUGCUGAAGGAGAUUUUGGUGAUCCGGGCAUGAAGGGUGCUCGAGGUGAUCGAGGUUUACCAGGCGCACCGGGCCAUGUUGGAUUUCCCGGGCUUGAUGGCUUACCUGGUAUGAAAGGUGAAAUGGGUAUACCGGGCUGCAAUGGUACCGAUGGAAGACCAGGAUUACCAGGCUUAGCGGGUCCUCCAGGCUUAAGAGGCCCACCCGGUGAACCAGGUCGAUCUGGAUACCCUGGACCACCAGGCGAAGGAGGUAUCAAUUCAAUUGGCAGAAAAGGUGAACGAGGCGAUUCAGGUCGUGCUGGAUUACCUGGCACACCAGGUUUGUCUGGAUUACCUGGACCGAAAGGUGCGAAAGGAGAUCCUGGACCGUAUGGUCCACCAGGUUUCCCUGGUCCUCAAGGUCCAAAAGGACGCAUGGGAAUUCGAACACCGGGUAUGAAAGGUGAAAAAGGUUUAGCAGGACCACCAGGACCACCUGGACCACCAGGCAGUUUUGCUGGUGCAUCUGCUCCUGAAGAAACGGAAGUGAUUCAAGGACCUGUGGGACAACCAGGUUUGAAAGGUGAGAAAGGACGAGUUGGUCCGGUUGGACCUCCUGGAUUUGCUGGAGGUGAUGGGGUGCAUGGAUUCCCUGGAAUCAAGGGACAAAAAGGAGAUCCUGGUGAUUUGGGAGCCAGAGGCAAACGAGGGAAAGACGGUCCUAUGGGUUUGAUCGGAGAAAAAGGUGAAACUGGCAUCCAAGGUGUACCAGGUCUCGAUGGCUAUUCGGGACAGAAAGGUGCUGCUGGUGAAUUGGGUUAUGACGGUCGAAUCGGACAGGAGGGUGAGCCUGGACCACCGGGUGAAUUUGGUGUCGGUAAAGGACAGCCAGGACCACGUGGUUUGCAAGGGUUUGAUGGAGCACCUGGAAAAAAAGGACAACCAGGAAUCCCAGGUGGAAUGGGCCCAGUCGGCGCUCGAGGACCAAAUGGUGCUCCUGGUUCACAAGGACCUCCUGGUCGGAGUGGUAUACCUGGUUUUUCUGAGAAAGGUGAUCGUGGUGCAGAUGGGAAUCCAGGUUACGUAGGAGAUGCAGGAGCACCGGGCACCCCCGGUGACUGUGGAAUUACGGGUGAACCAGGCUUACCAGGCUUCGAUAUUCAAGGGCCACCAGGAUUGGAAGGAAGGCCUGGUCGCGAUGGUUUUACUGGAGUGCCGGGUGAUGUGGGUGAUCCUGGAUUAGCUGGUCUGAAAGGAUUUCCUGGGACUGGUGUUUCGAAAGUUGGCCCACCAGGUAUGGUUGGUCUAAUAGGUCCACCUGGAGAGAAUGGACGAAUAGGUUUGGAUGGAAUACCAGGUGGUACAGGAUAUCCUGGAGAAAAGGGUGAUGACUGCGGAUAUUGCGCACCGGGUACGCCAGGACAAAAGGGAGAUGCCGGUCUUCCAGGUCAGGAAGGAUAUCCAGGUCCAGUGGGUCCAAAUGGAAAUCAAGGUCUUCCUGGAAUAAAAGGUGUAGCUGGAAAACCAGGACGUGUGGGCUCGGAUGGACAACAGGGUUCCGAAGGUCUACCAGGACUACCGGGUUACCCAGGGAUGAAAGGCGAGGCGGGCGAGAUUCUUGGUAUUUCUGGAGGACGAGGAAAUCCUGGACUAGAUGGAUUGCCCGGACCAUCAGGUCUGGAUGGAGCACCUGGUCUGCUGGGGGAAAAAGGCUUAGCUGGAAUUAAUGGAAAACAUGGUCGUGAUGGAGCUCCUGGAUUAUCUGGAGCAAUCGGACCACCAGGUGAUUCAUAUCCAGGCCCACCUGGUUUAGAUGGGGCAAAAGGUGAACGAGGUGCUGAUGGCUUACCAGGUCUUCCUGGACCGAUGGGACCGCAAGGACCUCCAUACAGUGGUCUAAUUAGAGGUCUAGUUGGUCGUGAUGGUUAUGAUGGAGCACCAGGACUCAAGGGAACGCGUGGAGCUGAUGGUCUUCCCGGCUUACCAGGUGCACCCGGUAUCGAUGGAUUACCAGGAAGAGUUGGUGAACCCGGGAUUAUUGGAUAUCCUGGGAAGCCAGGAGAGAGUGGAAUCCCCGGACUUUCUGGUUUGCUGGGAGACAAUGGGUAUCCUGGAGUUCCUGGUGAAAUAGGAUUAUCAGGAGUAGGCGGUUUUCCUGGUCUCAGCGGCCUACCAGGUUUACGUGGAGAGCCAGGUCUAGGCUUAACCGGGCAAGUUGGUUUCCCUGGAGUGAAAGGUGAAAGCGGUAGACCUGGCUACCGAGGACAUGCUGGAAAACCAGGAGCACAAGGAAAGACAGGAGUUGCUGGUGCAAGAGGUGUGAAAGGUGAAAAUGGCUAUCCUGGAUUAGUUGGAAUCCCUGGAAUAAAAGGUGAACGUGGUUUAUCUGGGAUACCUGGAAAAACAGGACGUCCAGGACGAGCAGGAGAGAUUGGUACCCCAGGGAUUCCAGGAGUGAAAGGGAAAAGUGGUGCUCCAGGCAAGAAUGGUUUGCCUGGAAUUAAAGGAGAAGCAGGUUUCCCUGGGCUGCCAGGUUUGCCUGGGAAAGUUGGAACGCCCGGCAAACCAGGAUCUCCUGGUGAAGAUGGAGUACCCGGUUAUCCGGGAAUGAAAGGCGAACGAGGUGUAGAUGGGGUAUCAGGACAGCUCGGUCUCUCUGGUAUACCAGGAGAUCGUGGACUUGAUGGACUACCUGGAUUACAGGGUGUUGAUGGUGAACCAGGUCUACCUGGUGCUUCUGGACUCGAAGGGCUUCCUGGUUUAUCUGGAGCUCCGGGUCUUACUGGUUUGCCUGGCAUAAAAGGUAUGCCUGGGGAACCUGGACGAUUUGCUCAUCCAGGAUCGCCAGGUGACGUCGGUUUACCGGGGCCACAAGGCCCUGUUGGUCUGCCUGGACAGGAUGGAAUACCGGGAACUAAAGGAGAAUCUGGUUCAAUGGGAAACAGUUAUCCUGGUUUACCAGGCUUGCAAGGCACCCAAGGAGAACCUGGUAGAGAUGGAAUCGAUGGAACUGAUGGAUUUCCUGGUUUGCCAGGAAUGAUUGGAUAUCCAGGACGCAAAGGUGAGCAAGGCGAUGUGGGAAGAAGUGGUGGACGUGGUUUUGAUGGACAACCAGGUGUACCUGGUGUCAAAGGUGAACGUGGGUUGCCAGGACUACCAGGUGUCCCUGGUCUUCAAGGCCCACCUGGACCAGAUGGCACGUUGGGUCAAAAAGGUCAUGCUGGUCUUCCCGGUGAGCCUGGAUUAAAAGGUCAAAGAGGACAAUCAGGAGCAGACGGCAGAAAAGGAGAAGUUGGACAAUCAGGGGCUCCUGGAUCUGCUGGCCCAAUAGGAGCAGUCGGUGCACCGGGUGAAAUGGGCUUAUCUGGAUUGCCAGGCAUAUCUGGUGAUGCGGGUAGCGCAGGUUUGCCAGGCAUACCAGGAAUCAAAGGUUUACGUGGUGACACUGGUGCUCCAGGCUCUGCAGGUGUGGAUGGCUUCCCUGGAAUUGCUGGUGUCCGAGGUAAUGAUGGACUUUCUGGUCUGCCAGGAGCACCUGGAUUCGGAGUUCAAGGCCCACCGGGAGAUACAGGUUAUCCUGGAAUUGAUGGCAAGCCUGGUUUAUCAGGUCUUAAAGGUGAAUUUGGUGAAGGAGGCAGAACAGGUAUUGCUGGUGCACCUGGUAUGCGUGGUACCGAUGGUCUCCCAGGUUAUCAUGGUGAAAAAGGCAUUCCUGGGAUUCCGGGCAAGAGAGGUCGUGACGGAGCUCAUGGAUCACCUGGACCAGCAGGAAAGGAUGGCUCUCCAGGCGCGAAAGGUGAAAGAGGUCUUUCCGGCUUGCCAGGAAUACCAGGAAAAGAUGGAAUUCCUGGAUAUCUGGGAGAACAGGGUGUGCCCGGUAUUUCAGGUGUGCCAGGUUAUCCUGGUAAUGUAGGGCUAUCAGGACUACCCGGUAUCCCAGGACAGAAAGGAGCACAUGGUGACGAUGGAUUGCCAGGCGUGCCAGGUUUGCAGGGACCGAUGGGGCCAAUUGGAAGACCUGGUCCUCCUGGUAGACCCGCUGUUUAUAAUCAGUUCUUGCAUUCACCUAAGGGUGAGCAAGGAUCUGCUGGAUUAGCUGGACAGAAAGGCUAUCCAGGAGAAACUGGGAGCCAAGGCAUGCGAGGACCACCAGGACCAGCAGGGUUUCCGGGUCUACCUGGUCCACCAGGUAAUUCUGGACUUCCUGGUAUACCAGGUACUAAGGGUGAGAUGGGAUCGAACGGAUUUCCGGGGUCAGUAGGACGUGUCGGGCAAGCAGGACCACCGGGACCGCCCGGAUUUCCAGGGCCACCAGGUGGCUGGGCACCAUCACGUGGUUUCACUUUCGCAAGGCAUUCGCAGGCAGCUGAAAUACCACGAUGUCCGGCUGGAUCGCAAAUGUUAUGGAGUGGUUAUUCAUUGCUGUACGUACAGGGAAAUGGACGUGCUAGUGGUCAAGAUCUUGGUCAACCAGGGUCGUGCUUAUCGAAAUUCAGUCCAAUGCCAUUCAUGUUCUGCAAUUUGAACAGCGUUUGUCAUGUUUCCAGCAGGAACGACUACUCCUUCUGGCUCUCCACCGCAGAACCAAUGACACAGAUGAUGAAUCCGGUGUCUGGUACAGCUAUAAGGCCAUAUAUUUCGCGAUGUGCGGUUUGCGAAGUACCAACACAAAUCCUGGCAAUACAUUCACAAGAUUCAUAUGUACCCCAAUGUCCACACGGAUGGUCUCCUCUGUAUUCCGGUUAUUCGUUUGUCAUGCAUACAGCUGCUGGUGCCGAAGGAACUGGACAGAAUUUGGAGUCGCCAGGAAGUUGUUUGGAAGAAUUCCGAGCAGUACCAUUUAUUGAAUGCCACGGCCGAGGAACGUGCAAUUAUUAUGCAACUAAUCACGGUUUCUGGCUAGCCAUCAUCGAUAAAAAUAAACAAUGGCGAAAACCGAUGUCACAAACACUUAAAGCGGGUGGUUUGAAAGACCGCGUGAGUAGAUGCCAAGUAUGUCUCAAAAACAAGUGGUAA